AUGGGCUCAGUCAUUAGUAACUUCUUGAAAGCUUUUGGGGGCCACGUGGCUAAAAAGGUUCUUAUGGUAGGUUUAGAUAACGCCGGAAAAACAACAAUUUUAUACACCUUUCAGGCUAAAGGUCUUACAGCUUCAGUUGAUGAGAUAACGGUGCCUACAGUUGGAUUUAAUGUGGAGAAUAUCAAAGUAGGAGGAGUAACCAUUACAGUUUGGGAUAUCGGAGGCCAAAAGAAGAUAAGAAGUCUUUGGGGUUUUUAUGCAGAUGGCUUAUCUGGACUUGUUUAUGUGAUUGAUAUUGAAGACCGGACGCGAUGGGAGAGUGCAGUGGAGGAGUUAAAGAAGAUCCUGGAUAAGGAUGCAGAGAGUUCUCGGGAGAGAUAUCCCGUGCUAAUUUUAGCUAACAAAAUAGAUAAGGUGCCUGAAUCUAAAGCCAAAGAGGUACAAGAGGCUUUUAUCCAGACUUUAGGGCCAUCCCAGCUGUUUAGUGGACAUCCCUGGCGGAUCUUUCAGUGUUCGGCCAAGCAUGGUGAUCUUUCGGACAUUACGCAGGGAUUUACCUGGCUAGCCGAUCACCUAACGGAAGGAAGUGCACAGGGUAAAUAA